GAUUGAUUCUGAUUGGAGAUCCCAAAAGGCUAGUACACGACAGAACGAUUCGGUCCGGGAAGCAAGUGAUAGUUGAAAAUGGCCAAUACUCUGCAACGAGGCUUGUCUGCUGCCACUGUACUUCGUCGUUCUGCUUUCCUCUCUUCGUCGAGAUCAUUCUCCGCAGAGGCAUUGGUGGAAGUCAAACCGGGAGAGGUCGGUAUCGUUUCGGGAAUCCCUGAAGAGCACCUUCGAAGGAGGGUUAUAAUAUAUUCACCUGCUCGAACUGCAACCCAGCAAGGUUCUGGAAAAGUUGGAAGGUGGAAAAUCAAUUUUUUGUCAACCCAAAAGUGGGAAAAUCCACUGAUGGGCUGGACAUCCACAGGGGAUCCAUAUGCCAAUGUUGGAGAUGCAGGGCUUAGUUUUGAUAGUGAGAAGGCUGCAAAAGCAUUUUCUGAAAGACAUGGUUGGGAGCAUGUGAUUAAGAAGCACCAUACACCUUUAUUAAAGCAUUAGAAGUGAUCAAAGCAGAACUCGAUUCAAGUCCUGAUUCUCAGCCUAAGGCAUAUGCGGACAACUUCAAGUGGAAAGGUCCACCCAAGACUUCGGAAAACUGAAAGUUGAGCGAUUAGCAGAAGCAAUUUGACGAGGUUUGAUAUGCCUUUAUUAUCUGUUAAUGUAUUGCUCAAUGAAGUAGCGAAUGCAACUCCUGAGAAACCCUCUCAAGUCGACUUUUUAAUAAGUGUAAAACAAGCUUAUGAAGCAUAAUUUUCAUUCUUUUACAAUAAGAUACAUUUGUAUUAUAUAUACUAUAUAUUUCUCCAUACAUGUUAUAUACAAGGAAAGCCUCUCUUAAGCGUUCGAACUA